AUGGCCCUGGAUAAAAUGGAAGAUUUGAGUCUGAAACAGAGAGUGUUCCAAGCUGAGAUAGGUGAAGUGGAAGGUAUUCCCUUCACAAAACCAAUGUGCAGCACAUGGGACCAAGUGUGGAAGUUCAAAGCCAGACCUGAAGACCUGCUCAUCGCAACCUAUGCAAAAGCAGGUACCACAUGGACACAGGAGAUAGUGGAUAUGAUUCAACAAAAUGGAGAUGUUGAGAAGUGUAGACGCGCCACUACUUACAGACGCCAUCCUUUCCUUGAGUGGUCUUUCCAGGACUCUUCAGCUGAGAGUUACUCAGGCCUGGAGUUAGCUGAAGCUAUGCCUUCUCCACGAACAAUAAAAACUCAUCUCCCUGUGCAGCUGGUGCCUCCCUCCUUCUGGGAACAAAACUGUAAGAUAAUCUAUGUGGCGAGAAAUGCAAAAGACAACCUGGUGUCAUACUACCAUUUCCACAGAAUGAAUAAAGGAAUGCCUGACCCAGGAACCUGGGAGGAGUUCAUGGAGAAAUUCAUGACUGGAAAAGUGCUCUGGGGUUCCUGGUAUGACCAUGUAAAAGGAUGGUGGAAGGCAAAAGAUAAGCACCGUAUUCUCUACCUCUUCUAUGAAGAUAUGAAGGAGAAUCCAAAGCAAGAAAUUCAGAAGAUUCUGAAGUUCCUGGAGAAGGACGUGAAUCAGGAGCUUCUAAACAAGAUACUCCAUAACACCUCGUUUGAGAUAAUGAAGGAAAAUCCCAUGACAAACUACACUAAGGAGUUUCAGGGAAUAAUGGAUCACUCCAUUUCCCCAUUCAUGAGAAAAGGGGUUGUCGGGGACUGGAAGAAUUAUUUCACUGUGGCACAGAAUAAGAAAUUUGAUGAAGAUUAUAAGAAGAAAAUGGCUGAUACCUCUCUUGUUUUUCGCACAGAAUUGUGA